ACUUGUUUUCCUACGCUAUGUAAUAUGUUCGCGCGUUAAAUUGCAUCGUAACUCAUGAUCUUGGGAUUGAAUACUUUUUACAGGAUAUGGUGUAUCUUCAAAGAGGAACUUCUUCUUUUGAAAAAUGUUUCCUAGUGGAAAAGGAAUGGAUAUUUGUAUGAAUUCAGUGUAUGCUUCCAUCCCUGGAUUACCGGAAUUAGGGAUGGUAUGGAUGGGAGAUAUGAUGGUACAUGGAGAACCUACACAUGAACUUAUGUUGGAUCCUCGUCAAGCAGAAAGUCCAUUCUUCUCUCAUGGUUCAAAUCCAUACGAAGACAUUAGAAAUCAUCAAAUUGCACCUACUACUAUGGUACGGUAUUUACCACCUCAGUUUUCUAAUGAAUGUUCUGAACCUGAUGAAGCUAUGGAAGCUGUUGAUGCCCAGGAAAUACAACAGGAAUAUGAUUCACAGUCUGAAAGACAAGAAAUGGCAGAGUAUUUAACAUUAGAAGAUUACAUGGGUGAUGAAGAACGGGAACAAGUUGUAAACAAUGCAGCAACCCAAACUACUCAAGACAAUCGUAAUAGGAAAAUAAAACCUAUAAAACAUCCUGGGCUUGUUUUAAAAACACCCAUUGCAUACCAACCUCAUACAGACUUAAAUUUUAUUCCUAUUCGUAAAGAUGGUAUAGCUGUUUGCGAAAAAUGUGGUGCUAUUGGUGUAAAACAUGCAUUUUACACGAAAGAACGUAGAUUCUGUAGUAGAGCGUGUGCAAGAUCUUCGGAACAUACCGCUCCUACUGCUGACUCUACGUAUAGUCCAUCACAUUCAGUAGAGACACCUGUAUCUGUAAAUCCAUCUUCUCCAAGUGAAUCUAAAUUAAUAAAGAAUACUGUAGUAAAAGAAGAAGCAGAUGUAAAGGAAACAAUUGAAUUAGAAAAAGAAAAAGAAAAAGUGAUAUCUGAACCAGUGAUGCCAGAGGAUUUACCUGUAAGAAGGAAAAGAACUGCUGAUAUGGCAGGUUCUUAUGACUGGACCCCACAACUGGUUGAACCUGGUUUUUGUGCUGCCCCAGUGUCUUGCUUUAAACAUGCACCUAUAUCGGAAAUAUGGGAUAAUAUAACGGUCGGAAUGAAAGUAGAAGUGGAGAAUACAGAUUGUGAUGAAGUAUGCGAAGCUUUCCCAGAUUCGUUUUGGGUGGCCACUGUAUUACGUAUAUCUGGGUACAGAGCUUUAUUAAGGUACGAGGGUUUCGGGCUUAAUGCCGAUAAAGAUUUUUGGGUAUCACUGUGCUCGAAUGAUAUACAUCCGGUAGGUUGGUGUGCAACCAUUGGAAAACCACUCAUUCCACCUAAUACAAUUGCUAACAAGUACAAAGACUGGAAGGAUUUUCUAAUGAGACGAUUGACAGGAGCAAGAACACUGCCAACUAAUUUUUAUAAUAAAGUUAAUGAUAGUAUGAAAUCGCGUUUUAGAUGUGGACUUCAUUUGGAAGUAGUAGAUAAAAAUAGAAUCUCGCAGGUAAAGGUAGCAACAAUACAAAAGAUUGUCGGUAAACGUUUACAUGUAAGAUACUAUGACUCACCACCUGAAGACAAUGGCUUUUGGUGCCACGAAGAUUCUCCUCUUAUACACCCUGUUGGCUGGGCGAAAAGAGUAGGACAAACGUUGGAUGCAUAUCCGGAAUAUUUGGAACGCGUGUCGAAAUCAAAAUUAUGCGAAGACGAUGCAACAGAAGAUCUUUUUUAUGUGCCAAAGAAUCAUCAUUUACAUCUUGGAUACACAUUUCGAGAAGGAAUGAAAAUAGAAGCCAUUGAUCCCCUUAAUCUCUCUGCCAUAUGUGCAGCAACGGUUAUGCAAGUUUUAAAAGAGGAUUAUAUAAUGAUUCGUAUAGAUAGUUACGACGAAGAUGCAAGCGGUGCUGAUUGGUUUUGUUAUCAUUCAUGUUCUCCUUGUAUUUUUCCAAUUGGAUUCUGUUCGCAACAUGGUUUACCGCUUACACCACCAAAGGGAUACGAUCCAACUACAUUUACAUGGGACGCGUAUUUAACAGAGACAAAUACUGUACCCGCUCCGGUGCAAUUAUUUAAUAGGGAAAUACCUCAACACGGAUUUAUCGAAGGAAUGAGGCUCGAAGCAGCUGACCUAAUGGAUCCUAGAUUAGUUUGUGUUGCUACUAUUACUAGGGUAAUUGGAAGGUUAUUAAGAGUACACUUUGAUGGUUGGGAGGACGAAUAUGAUCAAUGGCUAGAUUGUCAAAGUCCUGACAUUUAUCCAGUUGGAUGGUGUGAUCUUGUUGAUCAUAAACUAGAAGGGCCCCGUGUACUCAAUAAAAACACUAGUCCUACUGUAAAAUCACCGAGAGGCCUUAAACGUAAAGCUAAGCGAAAAUUGAAGAAAAGCAGUAAAGUUUCCUGCGCGAAAAACAUUCUACCUCGUCACAGUGAACGUAUUAGUAUGGCUCGUGAACGUGAACGAGAAGUAGAGCCUGCCCAGGGAAUAAAAAUCGAGAGAGAACGUGACUUGGAAAGUUUACCGGAACAAAGAAACAGGGAACCAGAGCCAGCAGAAGAACCAGCUGGGCCUGAUCAAACUCUGCCUAGUCCUACUACUGGACAGGGUCAAGCAUUAAACGAUACUCAAAGUGAAAUACAAAACCCUCCACCGCCAAAAGAAAGAACUGCAACAACUUAUGUUAAUGUAACAUCUGCCACUAAUAAGUACAUCCCAAGGUUAGCAGAUGGUGUUCAAAAAAGUUCUGAAUCUGGUGAUUUAGUGCCAUCUGAAUGGAAUGUGUUUGAUGUUGCACAAUUUCUUCGUGUUAAUGAUUGUGCAACGUAUUGCGAUAAUUUUAGUAGACGUAAAAUAGAUGGAAAAACUUUGUUGACACUCACUAAGGACCAAAUAAUAGACCUAACAGGUUUUAAAGUUGGUCCUUCUUUAAAAAUAUAUGAUCUUAUUCAACAAUUGAAAAUCAAAGUGAAUCCAGCUCAGGAAAGGUUGAAAUUAGGAUUGAAAAAGUUAUUAUAACAAAAAUAGUACAUAGUUAAUACUAUGAAUAAGUUUCAUCAUUGCAUAAAAUAAACAUGGAUUUACAGGUAAGGCAUGUAGAUGCAAAUAAUUAAGAAUUUAAACUUCACUGUGGUUAUAGACAUUCUUUGUUAUAUGCUUUAAGAAUAAAAGGUACAUAUAUAUGUAUAUGCAUAAUAUACGUAUAUAUGUAUAUAGACAUGCAUACGUAAGAAAAAAAAGUGAAACAAAAAAUCUCAUUCUAUUGUCGAAGUUAUGAUUAAAGGAAAGAAUUAUUUCGUUUUGGGCAUGAAUUAAACGUCAUAAACAGUUACGGAUAUGAUUUGAGGAAUCACGCUAUUAUUAUAAUACAUAUAUGUACUAUAAACUAAAAGAUAAUAAAAUAAUUAUUUUGAUAUUUUUAAAUAUGUAGCUAGAAAUAUUCCAGAAUGAAUUGAUCCGACUUAUUAUUUUUAAUUUUACACAGCAAGUAUAAAUACUAAUCACCCGAUAAGAAAAGAUCAAAAUUCAGUCUAUGGUAAUAUUCACGUGUAUGCAAUUUGUUAUCAUAAAAAAUGUUAAGAGAGUUCAUGUAAGCAUAUUGCAUUUAUACAUUCUUAUAAAUAUGAGAAAUUAUUUUAUUAUCGAGGUAAAUUUUUCUUUAGAACGCCGUUAUUUGUAAAUCCAUGCAUUCAUGUUGACCUACAUUGAUUACAGGUGCAUGAACCACGUUUAAAAGGUUUUCUUUUUUUGUUUUUUAAAUAAAAAUUUCUAAAGCGUAAUUUAUCAUAACAUUUUAGGAGUAAAUCAACAAAGGUAUAUUAAAAUAGAAAGUAAAAAUAUAGUAACAUGAAUAAUAAAGUACAAACUAACUCUUGGGUAUUAAUUCAUUACAGUUCUAAUCACGUUUGCCUUAAUGAUAUAAUUCACAUUACUAAAAUAGUUUUACAUAUUUUAAUAAAUUUGUUGAUUUACCCUUCGCUGAAACCAAGAAGUACAUGUCUGUACAUAAGAAAAGAACGAAAUGGUCAACUUCUAAUCUUGUAAAUAUAGCAUUUAGCACAGUAUUAAGUUUAGCUAACUUUUUGAAGAAAAUAAAAGGAAACGUAACCGCAGUGUACAAGAAGUGUAACUAUUGGAAAGUGGUUGAUGCAUUUGUAUAUCAAAUAUUGUAUCUAUAUGUAGCUUUAUAAUCAUUACAGUAAAUCAAACCAGUCGAGCAAAGUCUAAGGCUGAUUUUGUCUUAGACUUUUUAAAUACUAUUUUUAGUACGAUAGAGUAACAUGGUUACUCUGCUUAUUUAUUCAACAUUUUGGAAUCUCACUAGGUACCGAUCUCGAUUUGGUACCUAAAAUUGUUUAGCAGUUAAUUCAUAAAAUGUUAAACAUGAA